AUGGCUGUGGGAAUAGGAUUGCAGGAGAUCUCAAAGAGUGGAGGUGCAGCAUUCACACUGCACAGCUCAGCAGACUCUAUCACCGGUGUGAGUCUGGCUCUGUUGUUAGCACUCCUACUUCUGGAUAAGCAGAUUGUGGGUUCAAACCCGCACAAUGAGAGUUCGGCUGAUGUGGAGUUUGUCUCAAAGAGCUUGACAAUGCUGGAUUGGCAUCUGAGCUGGGGUGUUGAUGUGUGGAUAACCGAAAGUGCAGUAAAAGAGGAGAGGAAAAGGAGAAGUUCAGAAGAACAUGUUCUCCCAGAAGUUUGUCAGGGUUUGGAAUGAUUUGCUGGAGGUGCUUAUUGGAGCCAUCACUUGGAACAUUUGAAAGAUAAUCAGACAAACACCUGCCAAGGAAGGGUAUUAGAGGGUACAUGGAAGAGCAGGGAAUUGGGUUUCAGAUGAUGGCUUCUCAGUGGAGCAUUUGAUAUAACACCAACAUGAAAAAAUGGUCUGAACAGCCGACUAUUGUUUUGUGCAUUUCUGUGUUUCUAUGGUUCAGUUCCAUUGCCAGUUUUAGAAAGUGCAACAUUUUACAACAGAUUCAAUGUUGUCACACAUUAUAUUUCUCAUCUGUUAAUGUCUUAAUUAUCACCAUCAUCGGUGAUAACCUUUACAUUAGUUAUAAAUGCGCUCAAGGCCAAUUGAUAAUUAACAAUAAUAAUAACUAAUGUUUAUUUGAUAAGUAAAGAUUGGUGUGAUAACUUGCCCUCUCGGACUUUAUCACAAUAGUGGGUUGAUGCAUGAGGAUUUAUUAUAUUCAAUGUAUUUAUGAGUAUGUUGGCAACAAUAACACAUCUGGUCUUGAGUUGACCAUAUCACAUCAAUGUUUUCUCUGGUGGUUGGACACGGCAAGUAUGUAAGAGAGGAGACUCAAUGCAUAAAACACUGACUGUCUCUCUGGGUAAGGUCUGUGCGAUCUGGAGAGAGUGGCAGUCUGCCAGUCUGGGAGCUAACCUCCCCUUCCUCGGAUUAAACAGUCAGCAUUGGCUGGAAUGGCUGGGGCCAGACACAUAUCACUAACUCAAGUACCAGCAUCAAACUACCAGUGAACACUAGUGUGUGUACUCAAUAAUCCCCUUUCAAAAACAGUCACACACAAAAAGAUACAAUAAAAACAAGCCUUUUCAAUGUUGGUGGUGUCUUGAGCUAUGGCCUUUAGCCUCUCAAUGGGUUUCAGAAUAAAAAAAGAACUCUAUUGGCUGUCUGCCAGCCACCUACACAGGCGAGAGACAGAAAUGAGGUUGUGUGCAUUCAAUGCCAUAUUUUGUCCAUUUUAACAAAUGGAAAUAGGCUCAUUCAAAUGCAAAGCAGUGUGAAGUGGACAAAAAGUCUGAAUAAACCUCGAUCUGUCCACAUUCGAGCGGUUUGCAUUCCCUCUUCAGAUAUCGCCUCCUUCUCCAGCAUUUGUUGUAACUGUAUAAGAUUGUAUUGCCAGUGUUGUUAAUGACACUCCAGUCUAUAAAUUGGUCCAGACUCCAGUACUGGCAUGACUCAACAGGCUGAUUCCUCUCACUUUAACACUGCAUUUCUCUCUCUCUCUCUCUCUCUCUCAUUGAUCGUUUUACUGGAGCUGUGGUGUAAAUUCAUGUUUUUACACUGCUGCAAUUAGGAAGGUUCUGAUGACAACUGUUUACAUAAUGUAAAUUGCUGCAAAUUAUCGCAGCGUGCACUGAAAUGAGUUUGCAUUUUAAUCGGCAUUAAAAUUAAUUUGCCUGUGCAUGAAUACAUUAAAAAAUUGCCCUAAAUUAGAAAUUAUCUCUGUGAUACGGUUGAGUCGAAAUCAGAUGUUCUAUUGAUACCAUCAUCCUCAUAAAUGCGAUAGGUUCAGAAGAACUAAUAGGGGGAUGGUAGCAUAAUUAUAAUAUCAAAUAUCAUACAUAAUGUUGGAGACUAUUUCUAAUGCACUAGUUAUACGACAUUUAAACUGUCUCAGGAGCACUCUGUGAAUAAUAAAAAAAAACUUGUAUUCGAUACAGGACCUUAUGACAUUGUCCAAAUAU